UAAAUAAAUAGAAUCUUGUUGCCAUGCCGACGCAGCUGCAGUACAUGAACUCGUCGCCAGGGGUGCGGAACAGCAUGCGGUGGGCAGCGGAACCCCCCGCCGUGACCCAGCCGGUCACGACCCUUGACCCACGACCCCCCUAUGCUGUAGCACGGCCCAGAUCUGCCCCCAUCAGACCGAGACCAGACAAGUGGGUUGACCCGUAUGUUGACCCCCGACCUCAGUUCCGUACGACCAGUGCCAUCGUGCACCGCGCGCGACGGAAAACUUUCGACGUCAAACUGCACAACCGACCGCUCGAGUCACACUAUAGCAAAUACGCACCCUUUGCUCCCCGUGCCAUAGACAGAGUAGACAACCCCCACUCCUUCCCCUCAUAUGACCCCAUGAGUGACCCUCACCUGUCAGACUACUUCGCCAGGAAGUUUGGCUACGACCCUCGACCUCCUUCUGCUGUGGCCAGAAAACGUGCAAUGUACGGGCCGGGGUCGCGACCUGCCUCGGCUGCUAGCAAGCGGCCUGGUUCAGCCACUGGCAAGCGCAAACACACCCGCAGGGAGAGUGGCAUGUUGUACAAAAUCGUGGUCAGGACAGCUGACAGGAAAAAUGCAGGCACAGAUGCAAGGGUAUUUCUUAAGAUGAAGGGCACCAAAGGAAAGGUGCCCAAGAAAAGGCUGUACAAGAAGUCAGGGUCAGUUAAGGACAGUAAGACGUCCCACUUCAAGUUUGAGAGGGGGACAAAACACACCUUCAAACUCAGGGCAGCUGAUAUAGGAGACAUAGAGACCAUCACUGUAGAGCACGAUGGUUUAGAGAGGAAACAGAGCUGGUUGUUAGAGUCAGUAACCAUCACAAACACAGUGAACAAGCGGAGCUGGGUGUUCCCCUGUAACGAUUGGCUGUCACUGUUCGAGAGUGACUGUCAGAUCAGCAGGAUUCUCUACGCUAAGGGAGGGACCAAGUACGCAAGGACAGAAUAUGAAGUUGUGACGGUAACAGGAGACUGCAGAGGAGGAGGAACAGAUGCAAACGUCUUCAUAACCUUAUAUGGUAAAAAAGGGACCACAGCAAGGUUACCUCUCAGAAACAGACACAAGUCAAAGACGUUUGAGAGAGGAAGAAGUGACAUCUUCAUCAUCAAGGCCAAGAACGUUGGAUCACUACAGAAACUCAGAAUCCAGCAUGACAACACAGGAACAGCUCCAGGCUGGUUUUUAGACCGUGUGGUGGUGACGGAUGUUAAGAACCCUGCGUGUAAGUUUUACUUCCCCUGCGGACAGUGGCUGGCGAAGGACGAGGGAGACGGGAGGAUCGCGCGGGACCUGCUGGGGAGUAAGGACCCUACAGCUGUCAGGAGAAUGAGUAAGUACAAGAUCAGCACGUACACUGGGAACAAGCGCGGUGCGGGGACAGACGCUAACGUGUUCAUCACGCUGUUUGGGGAGGCCGGAGACUCAGGAGAACGGAGGCUAGACAACUCCAAAAACAACUUCGAAAAGGGGAGGGACGACACAUUUAUGAUCGAGUGUCCCAACCUGGGUCCGAUGAGGAAGAUCAGGAUCGGACACGACAACAAAGGUACCAGCCCUGGAUGGUUCUUGGACAAGGUGAUAGUAGAUGAUGUUCAGCUAAGCCGAGUUUACGAGUUCCCCUGUAACCGAUGGUUUGCUACAGACGAGGACGACGGACAAAUUCAGCGAGACUUGCUCUUAACCGGACAGAGGGGAGAUCACCCUACAGGUUACCCGUACCAAGUCCGAGUGGAGACUGGAGACGUGAGAAACGCUGGAACAAGUGCCCGCGUGUUUAUAGAGAUGUGGGGGGUUGACGGAGAAGAGACCAGCGGUAAAAUCUACCUGGAUGGGAAGUUCCAGCGAGGGAAGACAGACGUACUGGAUGUUGAGACGGGAUCCAUUCUCAGUCCUCUGUCCAAGAUCGUCAUUGGGCACGACAACUCUGGUACUGGACCUGGCUGGUACUGUGAAAAGGUCCAGGUACACUGCCCCUCCACCGGCUAUGAGCAGACGUUCCUGUGUCAGAACUGGCUGGCUCUAGACGAGGGAGACGGGCUUAUCGAGAGGGAACUCAGAGAAACCAUCUCCAUGAGACAGACUAAAACUAAAAAGGUAGCAUGGAACAUGACGGUAUGGACGACAGACAAGCGCAGUGCGGGUACAGACGCUAACGUUUACUUCGUGUUAUACGGAGACAAGGGCAAAUCAGACGACAUCUCCAUCGGAAACAAGACGGACAACUUCGAGGCAGGACAGGAAGACAACUUCAAGGUUGAAAUAAAGGAUGUAGGGAAGCCAUACAAGAUCAGGAUUGGUCACGACGACUCUGGGUCCUUUGCAGGAUGGCAUCUGGACAAGGUAGAGAUGGAGAGAGUAGACACAGGUGAGAUAUACCUGUACAGAUGUGGCCGCUGGCUGGAUAAGGGGGAAGAUGAUGGACAGAUUGUCAGAGAGAUGCCAGCUGAAGGAAAACUCAUCAAGAAACCUCUGCCAGUUGUGAUGUACGAUGUUGAGGUGCACACUGGGAAGAAGCGGAAUGCCGGCACGAAUGCGGACGUGUUCGUCUGCCUGUUUGGUGAGCUGGGCGAUACGGGAAACAGGCCUCUGCUCAAGUCCAGCAACAUGGACAAGUUUGAGAGGGGGAAGGUCGAUGAGUUCCAAGUCGAGGCUGUGACCUUGAAAAACGUGACCAAGGUCAGAAUAGGGCAUGAUGGGACAGGCUCGGGAUCGGGGUGGUUCCUGGACAAAGUGGUCGUCAGGGAACAUGGUAAGAUGAAAUCCGAGAUGACCUUCGCGUGCGACCGCUGGUUGGAUAAAGGGGAGGAUGAUGGACUGAUUGUUCGAGACCUUCUGCCAGAGGGAACACCUCAGCUACUCGCAACCACGUCCUACCACGUCUCAGUCAAGACCGGUGACGAGAGGAACGCAGGAACUGAUGCUGACGUCUUCCUGAAGAUAUUUGGGGCGAAGGGAGACACGGGACUGCUCAAACUGUACCAGUCUGACAACACCAGUAACAAGUUUGAGAGGGACAGGACAGAUCUGUUUAAACUGGAGGCAGCAGAUAUUGGAAAGAUUGAGAAGAUCCGUAUCGGCCAUGAUGACUCCGGCCCGGGGUCAGGCUGGUUCCUCGACAAGGUAGACAUCGAUGUUCCGUCCCACGGAGAGCGCUACGUUUUCUCGUGCCACCGCUGGCUCGCUUCCGACGAGGGCGAUGAAAAGACAGAGGUCGAACUGUUCCCAACGGAGGUCAUAAAAGGGGAUGUCCGAAUUCCGUAUGAAGUUGACAUCUACACAGGAGACAUCCGCGGUGCAGGUACAGACGCCAACGUUUUCUUGCAAAUCUAUGGGACUAAGGGGAAGACUGAGGAAGUUCAGCUCAGGAACAGGACAGAUAACUUCGAACGGGAGGCAGUGGACAAGUUCAAGAUUGAACAGAAGGAUGUUGGACCCAUCACUAAGAUCAGGAUCGGUCACGACGGCACCAGCUUUGGAGCAGGCUGGUUCCUCAACAAGGUUGUCAUACAAAGAUAUCCGACCGCAGAGGAACUAAAGGAGAAAAGAAAAGGCAAGAAAAAGGGACUGAAGCGACAACAAUCCACCUCGCCCUCCAGAAGAAAACUCUCUCGCUCCCCUUCUCACAAGAAAAAGUCUAAGAAAUAUUCCAGCUUCUCCGAAUCUGAGUCAGAAAGCGAAGAAGAAAAAUCGUCCAAGAAGAAGAAGAAAUCUCUCAAAAAGAAAUCGAAGAAAGAUGACAGCUCUUCUUCUGAGAGUUCUUCCGAGGAUGAAAAGAAGAAGACAUCGAAGAAGAAGGAGAAGAAGAAAAAGAAGUCAAAGAAGGACAGCAGUAGCUCGAGCAGUGACUCGGAGAAAGAGGAAGACUGGAAGAAGAGCAACGCAGAGGUGUAUCUGUUUGUGGUGAAUCGGUGGUUAGCAAAAGACGAGGAUGACAAAAAGAUCGUGCGAGAGUUGGUCCCUACAGAUGAGGCAGGGAAACCACUGGAAGACAACAUUCUGCAAGAAAACGAGUAUGUUGUGAGAGUGUACACAGGAGACAAGUUUGGUGCUGGGACAGACGCGAAUGUUUUCCUGUCUGUGCACGGAGAGAACGGAGACACGGGAGAGCGAGAACUCAAGGACUCGGAAACUAACACUAACAAGUGGGAACGGGGAAACGUGGACAGGUUCACCAUGUCAGCCAUUAACCUGGGGGAGGUGAAGAAGGUCAAAGUUCGGCACGACAACAAGGGUGGGGGGGCGGCCUGGUUCCUGGAUAGAGUCGAGGUGGAGGAUGUGAAGGCAAAGAAAAAGUACUACUUCCCAUGUCAGCGAUGGUUGGCUACAGAUGAAGAUGACGGGCAGAUCGCUCGAGAGUUGGUUCCCGUGGACAAGGCUCUGUUUGACAAGACUCGAUCUCUGAAGAAAGGAAAAUCUACAACCAGUCUGAGGGAUGAACUGGGGCUAGAGAUGAUGGCCCAAACUACGACCUACCACGUAAACGUGAAAACAGGAGAUGUGCGGGGAGCAGGAACAGACGCUAACGUCUACACUAUACUGUACGGGGAGAACGACGACACAGGUAUCAUGCAGCUGAAGACAUCCAAGAACAACUCCAACAAGUUUGAGAGAAACCAGCUGGAUGAGUUUACUCUGGAAGGGGUGGACAUCGGAGACCUCAAGAAAAUCAAGAUCUGGCACGACAAUAAGGGCGGUUUUGCGGGCUGGUUUCUGGAGAGUGUAGAGAUCAACGCCCCCUCCCUCGGUCAGAAGUGGUUCUUCCCGUGCGGCCGGUGGCUGGAUAAGGGACAGGACGACGGGAAACUGGAGCGAGAACUUUUCCCCACCAACACAGCCACAGAGGAGUACAACCCCUACGUUCCGUACGAGAUCAUUACCUACACGAGCGACGUUUCGGGCGCGGGAACGGACGCGGAUGUUUACGUCGUGCUGUUCGGACGAGACUCGCAGACCGAACAGAAAAGUCUCUGCGGAAACAAGAAGGAGAGGAAAGAAAAGUUUGAGAAAGCCCAGAAGGACAUCUUCAUUGUUGAGAUGGAGGAUGUUGGUGACCCCAUUGAGAAGGUCAGAAUAGGGCACGAUGGGAAGGGAUGGGGAGCAGGCUGGCAUCUGGACAAGGUCGAAGUUCGUAGACUGACGGACGACAAGAAGGGCUCGAUCACGUACACGUUCCCGUGUAAGCGUUGGCUGGCGCGGGGGGAGGAUGACGGGGAAAUCGUGAGGGAACUUCUGCCCGACAAAAUCAUGGAGGAGAAAACACGGAAGGACGGCAGCAUGAAGAAAAAGGAGAUCAAACACGACGCCUUGGAGAUGAAACAGUACCAAGUCCUGGUCUACACAGGAGACGUGAAGGGGGGAGGAACAGACGCGAAUGUCUUCAUCAACAUCUUCGGAGAAAACGGAGACACUGGAGAGAGAAAACUCAACAAGUCUGAGACCCACAUGGACAAGUUCGAACGAGGACAGGUGGACAAGUUCCAGCUUGAGGCCGUUGACCUUGGGAAGGUUUUCAAGGUCAAGAUCCGUCACGACAACGCCCUUCUGAACCCCGCGUGGUUCCUGGACAAGGUGGAAGUGGUUGACCUUGUGGAUCAGGAAACGUUUGUGUUCCAUUGCGAACGCUGGCUGGGCAAGAACAAGGAUGAUGGGAAAAUUGAGAGGUCGCUCUAUGUCAAGGGUUAUGAAGGUGACACGUCGAGCACCUCCUCCCGCAGGUCCGGUUCGUUCGGUGGAAGUCAGCUGUCUCUGAAGAGUACCAGUCCCAGUCUGAAGAGGAAAAACUCACGGGCUUCUCUCGCUGACGAGACUAUUCCAGAGGGACCCUUGAUUCCCUACAAUGUGAAAGUAGUAACAGGAGGUGGGGACGACAACGGGACCAAUGCAAACCCUUACAUUAUCAUCAUGGGAGCUAAGAAGAAAACGUCACGCCGAAUCCCGCUGGACCUGGAGGACAAGAGCAAGUUUGAGCCGGCUUCGGUGGAGACCUUCGCUGUGGAAGGGCUGGAUGUGGGGGAUGUCAAGAAGAUAGAGUUCGGCCAUGAUGGUGUGCUGCCAGGCCAGGGCUGGUUUGUAAAGGAGGUGGAACUAGACGUCCCCACCGCUGGCAAGCACUACUACUUUCCCUGCAAAAGGUGGCUGGCUAAGGACAAGGAGGAUGGGCUGAUAUCUCGUGUACUGACUCUACAGGACGCAGAAAGUACCAUGCUCAGUUAUACUCCCAUGGUGCCGUAUGAGGUAACUGUGUACACGGGUGACAUCAGUGCAGGAGGGACUGAUGGGAGAAUCACCAUGACCGUAUUUGGCUCUAACGGAACCACCCAGGAGAUACCACUGGAGAAGGGGGAGGACAGGUUCGAGAGGGGAAAAGUGGACAUCCUUAAGAUGGAGUUAGAUGAUGUUGGUGAGUUGAAGAAGAUUCGAGUCAGUCACAAUGGGAAGGGCGAUCGACCUGACUGGUACCUGGAAAAGAUUACUUUAAGAAACCAGGACUCGGGAGAACUGUCUGUCUUCAUCUUGGAUGACUGGAUCUCCAAGAGUAAAGGAGACGGUCAGCUGACUAAGGACAUCCCUGCUAGUGUCGGCGGGAAAGCAACUAUCAAGAAAACAACAUACAAACUUUCUGUGAAGACUUCAGACGAGCGUGGAGCGGGAACGGACGCCAACGUUUCGCUGAUCCUGUUCGGAGAAAACGGAGACUCGGGAGAACUCAAACUGAAGGAGUCUGAAACCAGCUCUAACAAGUUUGAGAGAAACCAGACAGACGUCUUUAAGUUCCCGGACAUGCUGAGUCUUGGAGACCUGCACAAGUGUAGGGUGUGGCACGACAGUAAAGGUUUUGGAGCAGGCUGGCACCUGGAGUAUAUUGAGGUUCUUGACCAGAAGACAGACAAGUCCUACAUGUUCCCGUGUGGACGGUGGCUAGCGAAGGACGAGGACGAUAAACAGAUCAUGAGAGAACUGGUCUGCACCAGUCCUGAUACGCCCAAGUCUGAUAGGGAGAAAAUAGCCUACAACAUCAAGGUGGUGACGAGUGACAGAAGGGAGGCAGGAACUACCAACGAUGCUUUCCUCAUUCUGGAGGGAGACUUGCGCAAGUCAAAGGAGUUUUCCAUGGACAACACGGCAAAGGGGAAAUACUUCAAACAGGGUCACACGGAUGAGUUCAAGUUCGCAACCCGGAACGUCGGAGCCCUGAAGGGCGUGACCUUGGGCCACAGGAAGGCGGGGUCACGGGACAAGACUCAGUGGCACGUGUCAGAGGUCAUCGUGGAGAACAGUUCUACUGGAGACAAGUAUAUAUUUGGGUGCAACCACUGGAUUCCUGCCGGGGGGGACAGGCAUCUAAAGCUGACGGAUACAGAGGAAAGCAGGCAGACAGCAAUUAAAAACCUAGCGCCGGUCCAGUAUGAAAUCGUCACGGUUACGAGCGACGAGAAGGGCGCGGGAACCGAUGCCAACGUCACGAUCAUCCUCUACGGCGCAAACGGUGACACGGGAAAACGACAACUCAAGCAGAAAUUCCGUGAUCUUUUCGAGCGCGGACAGACCGACCGUUUUCAGUUCGAGGCUUUAGAUCUCGGUGAGCUGACGAAAGUCCGCGUCGAGCACGAUAAUAAAGGUUUUGGCGCAGAUUGGUUGUUGGAUCGGGUGGAGGUUACUAAUCUUGCUACAAACCAACAGUGGACCUUUCCCUGUGGGCAAUGGUUAAGUACAAAGAAAGGGGACGGCCAACUGUACAAAGAUUUGCUGGCUAGAUCUUAAAGAAAGAAAAGAUCAUAAUCAUUGUUUUUUAGACAAAUUUUAAGAUUUCGGAUGUUUGAGUUGAGAAAGGGGAUGGCAAACUUUACAAAGACUUGCUGGCUAGAUCUUAAAGAGAGAUAGAAGUUUUCAAGACAAAUUUUAAGACUUAGGAUGCUGUAGAUUUGAUAUCUUUGGAUAGGGAGUCCUUGACUAAGAA